UCUCGAGUUCUGGAUUUUGAAUCAGUCUGCUUUCCGUUCGCCUACAUUUUCCAAGGCUUCGUAUUACAGUAAACCCAAUGUAACUGGGACUUCACUCGGAAAGGCGACAUCUGGCAAUUUACACGUCAUGGCUGGCGGUGCUCCGGUGGUCCUCGCGGCUCUGUGUCUGCUCUGCAGUCCGCUGAGGUGUUUGGCUUCUUCGGGCUUCCACGGCGCCUUCCCGCACCCCAACAAACCCCCUGUGCCCGGCUGGGGGCAGCAGAGCGCGAGCAGCAGCAGCAGCAGCAGCAGCAGCGGUCAGGUCGCGGACGAGCCGCUGGACUCAAGCCAGGAGGCGCUACACGUGACGGAGCGCCACUACCUGAAGCGUGACUGGUGCAAGACACAGCCGCUAAAGCAGACGCUGCGCGAGGAGGGCUGCCUGCCGCGCACCAUCAUCAACAGCUUCUGCUACGGCCAGUGCAACUCCUUCUACAUCCCGCGCCACGUGUACCAGGAGGACAGCGCCUUCCAGUCCUGCUCCUUCUGCAAGCCCAAGACCUUCACCGUGGUCACCUACACGCUGCUGUGCCCGGGUCAGAUAGUCCGCAGCAAGAGGAAACGCGUGCGCCGCGUCAAACAGUGCCGCUGCACCUCCAUAGAGCUAGACUAGCUCUGCUUUGUCGGUUUCACCCGAGAAAGCAGCCUGUAAAACACGCCACGGCUGGACACAAAGGGCGUGGACUGGUUUCUCUAAGCGAGCGCCCCCCUCUUCACUCUCAAACGGGAUGCGUUAAAGAAAUAGUUCAGUGAAAAAUCUAAUUUAUCCAGUUUUUCUCCUCCUGCCCUGGUAUCGAUCAGCCAAGCCCAAAUCUGGCUCCUGUAGUUUAGAUCUGGACCAGCGAGGCUAAUAUUGCUAACGAUCACUAAGACUCAGUAGUCACCCAAAUUGCCCAAAUAAUUUCUGUAAAAAUACAUCAUCGAAACUUAUUUGGUCCUACACACACCACCAUCACCCGUUCAUUAAGGUUGCACAGACUUGUUGGUGGGGUAUUAAGACACAGUUUGACUUUUACCAAUAUUUUACUAUCAUCACUGUUACAUAUAAAAACUCAGACGAUAGUAAAUUUAAUUGGAUAGUAAAUUAGCUGGCUUAUUGUAUUUGUGUGGACAUUGUGACCCCUGGUUCCUGUUACUACCAAUGUAAACAAAUCUGAGUGGGAAAGAUUAUCUACAAUGAACCAUUUUACAUCAAACCUCUCUGAAUGUCUUGGUGUACAAAUCAAUGAUUGAAAGAUGAAGAAUUUUUUUAAAAAUUGGUGGAAUUCUCCUUUAACACAGAAAGCCAAUACUAAACAGAAAGCUAUUGGAAUAAACCUCUCCCUCACUCCUUGCCAAGCUGGCUGACAAAUUGAAAACAAAGCUUUAUGGUGUUCUAUAAAAGUGAGUUACAUGGCGAUUACAACCAAUUACUGUUGGAACGUUUUUACCUUAAUAAGGGGGCCUAAGGGGCCUGUGCUCACUACUUCAGACUACCCUACACAACUUCUUAUCACUGUUUUCACAUUUUGUGUCACAUAUUGUUUUUAACAGAUUGGUUUUGAGAGUGUUAGAGAACUUUUAUCUCAAGUGAAAUGCAAUGCAUGCAGCGUCUGCACUUUUAGCUUUUUAACAGCCUCUGCUACUUUAGCCUGUUCCACACAGACUCUGCCUGUGUUUGUUGUGCACGGCUGAUGUUUAUUACAUGUAAAAGUCAUGUAAGCCAUUCGGUGAAACAGCCUGUCAGUCUCCACUAUGUGGACACAAAGUUUGCUGAAUGCUGCAAAUCAGCUUUUUUUGCCAAAUAUUAAUUUAUGUACAUAGUGUAUUUUCAUAACUGAAAGAUCAAAAGGUAUUUUAAGCUUUGAUAUAGAGAUAUUUAUUGCAUUCAGUCUUGUUUCUUAAGUAAAAAAACAAUUGAACAAAACAGAUGUGUCGUUCUUUCUUAAUAUGAACAAAAUGAAUAGAAAUGAAAAUGGACAUAUCGGUCAGAAGCGUGUCAUCGAGGCAGGUCAAAUAAAAUUCCAUAUUCAUAAGUUUACUGUAUGUACCAUAUCUCUGAGAUAUGACACUUUAUGUCAUGUGGCAUGUUUUUGGUGUCUGAAAUGUAGCUACACAUUUCAAAAAUGCAAUAUAUUAAAUCUACAAAUAAAGAUAUCAAUUGUUCUAAAGUUCUCUGUGUACAUUCAUAAUUUGUGGGUCCUCGAGAUCCAAUCUGAUAAUGGUGAAUGGACCUGGCUAGAGGAAACUGAAGACUAUAUAACAUGCAGGUUUUCUUUGUAUACACAGAAGAAACUGAAGAUAAUGUUCAAUCUAUGCAUUAUUUUAAAAAGCAAUCUAGCCACUUCUAGCACAGCUAGAGCUUUUAUAAUGGGUCGACACUGGAAAAAAACAAGAGCGGUUAAUAAUGUUGUUCUGUGUAUAUAUUAGCUCCGUUAUUAAGAUGUUGUGAAAAUGUAUAAAAUUUACUGAAUCUGCAUGUAAUUUCCACAUAAAUAAAAUAUCAACACAAUAACUUUCAAAGGUAAAUUGAGAGACAAAACUGUAUAAUAUAUUCUGUUCAUUAAAGAGGAAAUGCUGUACAUAGGGGUGGGCGAUAUAGCAAAAAUCUAACAUCACAAAACGUUCACCCUAGACGAUACCUAUCAUAAUAUUUUGUAUUUCUGAGAUUUGAUAAACUGAAACUGAAAAAAUCAGAACCAGUAUUGCCACAUUUAAAAAUA